UGCAACACCGGCAGGCGGGGCUGGCCCCGGCUUCCGCCGCGGCACCCAUGGAGGCGGCCGAGCGGCGGCAGGAGGAUGGGGUCGGGGUGUCUCAGUGCCCGAAGCCUGGGGAGCCGCUGCCGGUGGAGGAACAGCAGCAGCAGGAGGAGGAGGAGUCGUUACACCUGGCAAAGCGGAGGAAGGUGCUGUGUUGCGAGUUCGUUGCCAUCACGUGUAGCGAUACGGAGGUUGCCCAAAGCUUCCUGGCCGGAAACGACUGGCACUUGCAGAGAGCGCUGGACUCCUAUUUCGAGCCGCCAACGGUGAAAGAGGUUGCGAAGGUGGAGACAGCAGGCGAAGUGCCGCAGGCCCCCAAAGUGCCUGCGAUCUGUAUUGACCUCACAGACAAUGCAACUACUAGCAGUGAUGGUGCCAGCAGUGCAGAUCUGAAGCAACAAGAAGAUGACAGCAGCUUCUCACUGCUAACCUGGAACAUUGAUGGGCUGGAUGUAGGAAAUCUGAUAGACCGAGCUAGAGGAGUCUGUACUUACGUGACAUUAUACAACCCAGAUGUUGUGUUUUUACAAGAGGUUGUACCACCGCAUCUUGGUCUUCUACAUAAGAGACUAGGCAACUACACUGUCAUUCCAGGUAACCUAGAUGGCUAUUUCACUGCCAUACUGUUGAAGAAAUCAAGAGUGAAGCUGCUGAAACACGAGAUAAUCCCUUUUCCAACAACCUCCAUGAUGAGGAACCUUUUAGUUGUGCACGUGAGCAUAUGUGGUAUCGAACUUUGCCUUAUGACCUCUCACCUGGAGAGCACUAAAACGCACUCCAGGGAGCGUGUGAAGCAACUGCAAAUAGUGUUAAAGAGAAUGCAGGAGGAGCCUGAGUCCACCACUGUUAUCUUUGGAGGGGAUACAAACCUCAGAGACAGUGAGGUUGCUAGACUAGGUAAGUUGCCUGCCAACAUUGUGGAUGUCUGGGAGCUUUUGGGUAAACCUGAGCACUGCCGUUACACUUGGGACACCAUAUCCAACUCCAACCUGAAUGCUGCGUACAAGUUCAAGACGAGGUUUGACCGCCUGUACUUGCGGCCUGCAGCAGCAGAAGGGGGAUGUGUUAGACCACAAAGUAUGGACUUAGUUGGGUUGGAAAAACUGGACUGUGGCAGGUUCCCUAGUGAUCACUGGGGUCUUCUGUGUCGCUUCUGUGUGACGCUAUGAAAAAGAGAAGAGGCUUGCAUUGCUCAGUUUUAGCUCAUCUGUUCUUUUUUAACAGCGAUUUGCUUUCUUGUUUCAAAUGGUACGUAUCUUAAUGUUCAAAGUUCAUGCGCUCUCUAAUGUGGAAUGGCUUCAUUUUAAGCCAGAGAUCCCUUUUUCUCCUUGUAUGCAUCUGUUCUUCUGUUAUAUGUUAUAAUAUUUAUUUUUAGCAACGUAUGCAGACUAUAAAACCAAACAAACAACGAACCCAUCCCCCAAAACGAACAAACCUCCCUACAAUUUCCGGUUUUAAAGUGGGAGAAAAAACUGUGUAAAUACAAUUCAGAAACAUUGUUUAAAGGGCAGAUGUUACUUUUAUGUUGGCAUGUAUUCUAAUAAAUGCUGCUUUUUUUUGCUAAAGAA